GUCAAUGGAAGAAUUUUCCCAUCAACCUAGUACUGUCUACACUGGUGGUUAGUUCAAGUUUAACUGUGUCACUCACAGGCGUGGAUUUUUCACACUCCUGACAUGCAGUUUUACUGACCUAAUUUCCUAGUGUAGACCAGCCCCCUAGACUAAAAGUAUCUUGACUAUGCCUAUUCAUGCUGCAGUCACACCUCUGAUUGCUAUGCAGAUACCACAGGCAAGCUUUGGGAUACAUCCACAUUGGCCUUUACAAACAUAUAGCCCACCUUAAGUUCAUAUGCAACCAGUUAUCUCGAAGUAGAAGAAUACACACAAAACCUUAUGGGUCAGGAGAUAAACUAUGACUGCCCACAGUACUAGUCUGGGAUAGAGUUUCUCCUCAUAGCAACGUGAUAAGGGUGGUCUUCCCGUCUAGGAUGUCUCCUCAGAUGCUCUCCCUGCCACAACAGUAAUGGGGGGAACGAACGCACCUGCCCACCCUCAACCAAAUAACAAACGGGGAGGGGGACACACGCAGCUUUCCAUAGUCUGACCCAUCUCUCCAGCAGCAUGUGUGCGCUGGAAGCACCGCAUACCACACUGCGUGCCGCUCCCUCCCCGUCUCCAGCAAGGCCCGGGAGAGGUGGUAGAAGAGGGGCGGGAAAGCGCCUAUUCUCCCCCCGGGGCCGGCUGGAACGUUGGUUUGCUAACGUUCCAUCCAGGCGCUCAGGUAGCCCCUCCCCGCCGCUGCCGUCCCCCGGCCCCGCCCCGCGAAGAGGCUGGAGGAGGGGGCUGUGGACGGCGUGGGGCUGGGAAGAGGAAGCGGGGAAACGCUCCCAGGCGGCAGCAGCGGCGGGCGGGGUCACGAACUCUGACCUUUCACAGGGGCACGGCACAAAACCAAAACAAACCCCUCCACUAACAAACAACACUACCCGAGCCCCUCCCCCACCCCGGGCCCGUUGCCCAGCACCGCUGCCUAACAGGCCCAGUUAGACCCGGGUCACCGUCGGGGCACGUUUGGCGCCAAGGCCUGAGGUUCUCUAAUGAUCUUGCUUCACCAUGGCAACCAAUAUGGAGGUGCUGGCUCAGCAGAUAGUGGAGACACAGCAAGUGGCUGAGGUACAGACUGUUCAGACAUCAUUAUCUGAAUCUCCAGUGAUGACCAGCCCCUCUCAACGCAUCCAGAUUAUCUCUACAGACUCUUCUGUAGCUUCACCACAGCGCAUUCAGAUUGUGACAGAUCAGCAAACAGGACAGAAAAUCCAGAUAGUUACAGCAGUGGACUCAUCAGUGUCUCCGAAGCAACAGUUUAUCUUGACCAGUCCAGAUGGAACUGGAACAGGAAAGGUGAUAUUGGCAGCACCUGAAACAUCUAAUGCCAAGCAACUUAUCUUUACUACCACUGACAACAUUGUACCAGGCAGAAUUCAGAUUGUGACAGACUCUGCUUCAGUGGAACGUUUGUUGGGUAAAGCUGAUGUCCAGCGACCACAAGUAGUAGAAUAUUGUGUUGUUUGUGGAGAUAAAGCGUCAGGUCGUCAUUAUGGUGCUGUCAGUUGCGAGGGAUGCAAAGGUUUCUUUAAAAGAAGUGUAAGGAAGAAUUUGACCUACAGUUGUCGUAGCAACCAGGACUGUAUCAUCAAUAAACACCAUCGGAAUCGUUGCCAGUUUUGUAGGCUUAAGAAAUGCCUAGAGAUGGGCAUGAAAAUGGAAUCGGUUCAGAGUGAAAGAAAGCCCUUUGAUGUGCAACGGGAGAAACCAACCAACUGUGCAGCUUCAACUGAAAAAAUCUAUAUCAGGAAAGACUUAAGAAGCCCUCUCAUAGCAACACCAACAUUUGUAGCAGAUAAAGAUGGUGCCCGGUCAACAGGUCUUCUUGAUCCAGGAAUGCUUGUGAAUAUUCAGCAGCCAUUGAUACGGGAUGAUGGUACAGUCCUGCUAGCUACAGAGUCCAAGGCUGAGACAAGUCAGGGUGCUUUAGGAACACUGGCAAAUGUUGUAACAUCUCUUGCCAGCCUCAGCGAGUCACUUAAUAAUGGAGAUACUUCUGAAAUCCAACAAGAGGAUCAAUCUGCAAGCGAGAUCACUCGGGCAUUUGAUACUUUAGCCAAAGCACUUAAUACCACAGAUGGCACAGUAGCUCAGAACUUGGCAGAUGGGAUGGAUCCUACAGGAGGAGGGAAUAUUCACGUAAUCAGCAGAGAUCAGUCAACACCAAUCAUUGAAGUGGAAGGACCCCUGCUUACAGAUACACAUGUCACAUUUAAGCUAACAAUGCCUAGUCCAAUGCCAGAGUACCUUAAUGUACAUUACAUCUGUGAGUCAGCAUCACGACUGCUUUUCCUCUCAAUGCACUGGGCUAGAUCCAUCCCCGCUUUUCAAGCACUUGGACAGGACUGUAACACAAGCCUAGUUCGUGCCUGCUGGAAUGAGCUAUUUACCUUAGGCCUAGCACAGUGUGCCCAGGUGAUGAGUCUAUCUACUAUCCUAGCAGCUAUCGUCAACCACCUGCAGAACAGCAUACAGGAAGAUAAGCUUUCCGGAGACAGAAUAAAGCAAGUCAUGGAACACAUCUGGAAACUUCAGGAGUUCUGUAACAGCAUGGCCAAGCUUGAUAUUGAUGGAUAUGAAUAUGCAUACCUUAAAGCUAUAGUCCUCUUUAGCCCUGAUCACCCUGGUCUGACAAGUUCAAGCCAAAUAGAAAAAUUCCAAGAGAAGGCACAGAUGGAGUUGCAAGACUAUGUCCAAAAAACCUACCCGGAAGAUACUUAUAGGUUAGCCCGGAUUCUAGUUCGCCUGCCAGCACUUAGACUGAUGAGCUCUUGUAUUACAGAGGAACUUUUUUUUACGGGCCUCAUAGGAAAUGUUCCGAUUGACAGCAUAAUCCCAUACAUCCUCAAAAUGGAAACAGCAGAGUAUAAUGGUCAAAUAACUGGCACGUCUGCAUAGUCGGAACAAUUCAUCUUGAUGGAUCAAAGUAAUUUUAGUUAAAUAAGUAACUACACAAUUAAGAGAAAUAAGUUGGAAAAAAAAUGACAUUUUGGUAUGUACAAAUAUUACCAACAUGUUACCUGUUUCCUACCAGACUGCUUCUUGACUAUUUAUUUCCAGUGACAAAGUAUAAAAGGCUAUUAAAACACCUCCAACUAGAACCCUUUUCUGCCCCAAGGAGUGUUUUGAUGCCUUUCAUUUAAAAGGCUGUAGAUUACUGAACAUACUUUUAACAUGCUUUGUAUUUAGAAAUUAUCAAUGGGCAAAAAUAGAGUUUUAUAAUGUCAAAGAUUAGUAUUAAAAAUUGCUAAAAGAAGAACAGUAUGUAUAUAUUUAAAUUUUUCCUUGGAAUUAAUAUCUAAUAAUUACCAGGGUAUAAUGAUGAUAGCACUUUCUAAGCACUUCUUGUCAAAGCGAUAAUGUCAUCAACAUUUUACUUAUGAGCAGGGCAAAUGGAAAAUUGCAUGUGUUUUUGGUCAAAAUGCUAGUAAUUUCUGUGAAGGCUAUAGGAGACAAUCAUUUAUACUACAAAAAAUUGCUAUUAAUAAUGUUAUGCAUUUAAUGGUAAAGUGGAAAUUUAAAGCAAAUUUCUACACUGUUAGCACUGAACUCUGCUAAAUUAGUGAAAAUGAGGUUUAUUUGACAUAAUCAUAAUAACUAUAGUAUAAUUAGCAGCAUUAAUAAAUGCUACAGAAAUUGCCCAAAUUGGAAGGCAGAAUACCAAUUUCUUGCCAUAGUAAUAAUGAUUUCAGAUUCCUGAAAGUUUCAAUUCCAGCCUGGCAUAGAUGUUUACACAGUCAUGAUAGAUGUUAUUCCAACAGGAUGACUUUUGGUUGUGGGGGAAAGCAGUCAUUAACUGGCGGGGAUGCAAUCCUUUCAGAUAAAGUCAUGCACUCCUAGGCUCUGUGUAUACUUUUUAUAUUUCCAAAUUCAUUCCUUCUGUCUGCAGCCCUAAAUGACCCUCACCAUCCUAGGAUUCAAAGGGGGUGAUUGUGACUUCGUUAGAGCCCAUAAUGCUGCUGUCAGCUAAGGGAUAAGUGCAGAAUAUGAGAUUCUCUUCCUUUCCCAGGGACUGAGUAUCCUGUCGUUGCAGUGCUCCCUACCCCGUUCUGACCCAGUUGUAAACUGGAGUGUCAGCUGGGUUUUUUAUAUUCAUUCAUGCGCAGUUACUGUUAAUGAUGAUUGUUUGGAGUUAGAAUACUAACAAUCUUUGUUUUUAUCUUGGGUAGUAACCUAUCAAGUUGUUUUAUAGGAUUCACCUGUUCCUGAUAAUAUUGCAUUUAUUUUAGUAUAAUUUAUUAAUAUUAACACUGAAUAUUUUAAACAAUCAAAAUUCAUAAAAAAGCAUUUUGUCAGCUGAUUCUUGCUUAUCACAUACAUUCAUUAAUUACUUUAAUGAAUUUACAUGGCAGUGUCAUUUUCUACUUGUGUGUGAUAAAAAUAUAAAUAAUGAAUUCAGCACUUUUUUGUUUCUGGUAUUGGUAUUGAUUUAGAAACAUUCCAGCAGGGUAGGUUUUUGUCUCUAAAGGGUCUGAACUAUAGCCAAAGGAUUUUGAGCAACUCCUUGCUAAUGUAUUAGUAAGUCCUGUCUUGGUACAAUUCACCCUUAUUGUAAGGCUCUCUUUUGUAAUACUCAUUCUGAUAAGUAAGACUAUGUAAUUUUAGCUCCUAGGUACAUUAAACUUAAAUAGAAUCUCCAUCUUUAUAAAGUUCAGAAAUCUUGGUUCUCAAGAACAGAGGUAUAGACAGAGUACAAUGUAAAGGCAGACAUCUGCAAUACUGCAACAGCUUCCUAGGCUUUUAUUAUAGUAAAUUAAGUUUGUCAUUUCUUUAAAAGCGACAAGAGGCCCUAUAUUUUGAACGUCCUUAGGCCAGCUGGAAUGCAGACCUAAGCCUUAGCCAUUAUAUUAUAGUGUCAUUAGUUAUAGGGUUGUGUCAGCACUUCUGAUAUAAAACCCGUGUUUUCAUGGUUUACUACUUGGCCUUCGAAAUUAGUUGUGGCCUGAAUUUUAAUAUACAAGGUACUUGCCUUGGAAACAGAGUUUCAAAGAAAAGUUAUGGCCAUUUUUGUGCAAAAGUGAAUGUUAAAGGUUUACUGUUUGCUUGUUUAUUUAAAAAUAUAGAGUGCACAUUGAACUGGUUUUUUGGGGGGGUAGAUAAUGGCAAAAGAUUAGCAGGCGAUAUUUAAUCACUUGUAUAGUAAAAUUAAUUAAAACAGUCAAAUAAGCAUUUUAGAGGAGUGAGAAAUAUUUAUAAACAAAAAGUAUAGUAAACCACUGGAAGUCAACAUUUUUCCAAAUUUUAUUAUAAACUUGAGACCGUUUUCAUGAAAAAUGUUGUUGGACAUGUACAUUUCUCAAGUAAAGGGUCUCAUUUGCUGGUAAAGAUGAGCCCAGGCUUGAGUAAAAAUGGCUUUGCUGUUGAAAAUAUGCAAAAAAUUGUUUGUUUUUUCGUUGUGAAAACAGCCAUUUUGAAAAAGGAAACCCACAUAAAACUAAGCUCUGAAGUAAAAUCACAUGAAACUGCUAACAUUUAUGCAUAAAAUUUCAUAAAUCAAAAAUGAUGAAUUUUUGCACAGCUCUGUUAACAUGUAUAGAAUGCAUCCUACAAACAUAGGACUAUACUGUUCGUCCCUUAUUCUGCACGUAGUUUCAUGGACUUCAGGAAGACUUUAGGUAGAGUAAAAUGCUACUGAGUGUGAAUAUGGGUAUUGCAGUCGAGCCCAUACUUAGGAUUUAUUUUUUUAAAGUGUAAAUGUACUUAAUGGAUAGAGUGAAGCAAUUCCAUAAUUACACUUUUAUUUUAAAACUCUCAAAUUACCACCUUUAAACUUUGAAGACUCUGUUCAUGUAGCAUCAUUGACAUGGUUUGUCAGAGCCGAGCUAAUGUAGCCCCCAUGUCAUUAAUAAAAAAGAAAAUUUUCUAUAAUCAUAUGUUGUUUUGAUUUUAACACAAUCAGUUUAGAUGGUAGAAAUUUGGACAGCAGAUGGUGGAUCCCACAGUUUAGGAGAUAUUCAGGGUCUCAGUUAUUUGAAUACAAGUUAUAGAUAAUAGGAUAGGUGUGGAUAAUAAGCUUCAUGCUUCUUUUUCACAUGCUGCUCAAGAGCUACCAUUAACACUGAGCCAAUGAAUUGGUAUGCUGGAGAGAGGGAGAUGCUGUAAAAGAGGCACUUAAAAUAUUAUUGUCCUAUUUAAAAUUAUGGGCCAAACUCCACUGUGGUAUGGCUUUUUUGCACCAAACCACUGAGGUCAUCUAGCUGUGGAGCCAUCUUAACUGGCUCCAGAAGGACCAUCCUAAUAUAAGGCUGAUCUACCAGAGGGAUGCAGCUGAUUUAGGGGUUUUUGUGCCAUUCCAGCUGCCUGUGGCUGGGAUAGCAAGGGAAAAAGGCAUGGCUGGGGAAAAUGGAUCAUGACCAAGUUGCUCCUGCAUUAUGCUAAUCAUUGGCUGUCUUUUCAGUUCCUUGUGGCCAUUGCAACUCACGUGCUGUUUCAACAUAGCACAGGGGGAAUGGCCUGCACACAGCAGCUCCCAAGAUCAUAGGAGUGCAAAGGUAGGCUUUCCGUCAUCUUUGCACACCACUGACCAACACUCUUCACAGUUAGGCUGCCACAUAGGACCUGAUCCCAUAUGUUCAAACAGUAAUUUCCUUGCCUAUGUUACUAAUAAUGCGUGUGAUUCUUAAAACUGAAAGCGUAUUGCAGGUGUAGAUUAUUUUCUGCCAUUUAUUGGCUUGUUUGUGUACUCUCUCUAUUUCUUAAGGAUUGGACAACGAGAAUAGACUAGUCUGGUUCACUUUGGUUUCUAGUCAGUUUCGCUUUAAGUUUCUCCUCUCUGAGCACAAGACUGCACUUCUGUAUUGUAAAUAUAGAUUAGGAAUAUUUUUGUUUGUUUUUCUUUUGAAAUAACAACAGAAUUAUUGGAAAUAUUUGUGUCGGUCUUAAACUUGGUAAAAACUUAUUUUUACAAACCUAAUUGUGUGGCCAGAUUUGACCUGACAAAAUGAGGAGCCAAAGUACCAUAGCCUGAUAGUAAUUCUAGAAAACCUUGCAUCCAAGUAAAGUUCCUGCUAGUGCCUCAGAAUUAACCCUUCUUCCAAACCUGCUGAAAUCUCAUUGUGCUACUUUUAAAAGAGUAUAGAAGUGUCAUGGUGAAUCAAGCUUAACCAUCCGUAUAUAGCAGUAAGAUUUAGUUCAUACAAAAACUGAAAUUCUGUGUUGGCUGAAAUUGUUUGGAAUGCAAUAAGUGAUAACUCCCAAGUCUGUUGACUAUCAGGGUAUGAUGUGAGGCCUGUUUUCCCAUUCUUUCAAGAAAGAUGUGAGUUUGGAGUUCGUAUGUGGGUAUUAAGGAAUGGUUAUUGACAGUUAUUAAGGGUUAAUUUAGGUACACAACAUUUGGGCUAUUUUUAUAAGAUUUAUAAUUGUUUUUACUGUAUAUGCACCUAAAAAACCUAAAACAAACAGGCAUAUUUUAAAAAUCUAAAUGAAAGUAAUUCUCCUUAAUCACACUGAUUUGUCAAACUGCAAGCAGGAUUAAGAUUAGAUUAUUUUCCUUUCACUUCCACUAUUUGUAAAUUAGAAAUCACCCUUGGAAGCCAAUGGUGUUACUCUGAUGUAAAACUGGUGGAAGGGAAAGGAGAAUCAGAGUCCAAAUCUUUAGAUGGGACACACAGAUCCAGAUUUUGACUCAUCUUAAAACUGUUAGAAUGUAGACAAUGUUUAGAUUAUAAAGGCCCCAUGCAGCAGAAAACUGACUGCUGGCCAAUGGAAGUUUUGGCUGGCUGUGUAGUCACAUUUUUGGCAAGACUCAUCAUUGACCUACAGCCCCCUUGCACUGUAAUUCCUGACACAAAUGGACUGUAGGGCAGGCAUAAAGUCCGCUAAUGAAUAGCAUUGGCUCAAGGCAGAUUCUGCGCCAGGAAUCAAGCUGGGUUUGCUCUGCCGCCCCAUAGAAGCCUUUGGCACUGGAUGUGUUCUGGGGUAUAUUGGGGUAGGAGGAGGCUUGGCCAGAGCACCCCUUUGCUCUGAUGAUUUCCCAAUGUUGCAAAACCCAUAAGGGUCCUAAGCUGCACAAGGGGCUAACCAAUCCCUAGCAUGUCCUUAUUAUGAGAUGUUUUUUCUUUGGUUGAGGUUGUGUAAUGCUGAAAACUGCACCCUUUUCAUUGUCAGGUGUAUCGAAUGGGGUUGUUGAAAUGAUGUUAGGACACACUGAACAUUUUCAGAAUAUUCUCCCACCUCAGCCUCUAUAUGGGAAGGAGUGGUAAUUAGGAUCUUUCCGUGACUGACUGACAUUUUUAAUCAGGGAAGAAUUUUAAAAGCAUUACCUAGCUUAAAGAACUGACUGACAAUCCCCCUGUGAAUGGAUUUCAGCCAGGAAGAGGGGGGCCUGUCUGUCUAAAGAGUCACCUAUAGCAAGUGGAGAUCAGAAAAGCCCUUCUGCAGUAGCAAAAGGGAUGAGGCACCCAAUCCAUAUCAGACAAUUCAGGAGUUAGCAUUGGUAUGUGUACACACACGCUUCAAGCAAACCUUUUAACACACUAGAUUCUCAGAACUGUGCUGACAUCACUGCUAUUCUCAAUUACAUUUAAGGCACCACUGACAUAAACAAGAAAUUAACAGAUAUCAUAGUUCCAAUAAUGGCCUCAGCUGCUCACUGCUGGUAUUGUGGGAUGUCUGCCCAUACAUAGGAAGACAGCUAAAUACAUGCCAUAACAAUACUGCCCCAAGCCUUAAAAUGCAGAUUUAUCAGCAACUAUUUGCAGGUCCAAAUCUCCCUAUAGGUAAAGGAUUUUCUUUUUAAUUUUGUUUUAUUUUCCUUAAUUUGAUUUGACAUUUUUCUCUUUCAAUCCUUAUCUGGAAAUUUAAAAAAGGGUGUGUGGGUUUGUUUUUCCUUCCUCCUCUCUUACCCCUGAAAACGCAGAGAGAUGAGAAGAAAAGCAACAAGUAGCCUCAGGUACAUCUCUGAAUUUAGUUCCAGGAGUGCACCAGACCCACCUGAUAGCAGCAGCACUGCAGCUAUCAUGGUUGACUCCCUGUGUAAGCAUAGACUUACUAUGAUAGUAGCAGAGAACAUCUGCAGUCACAAUACAUCUUUGUACACAGAUAGAGCCAAGAAAAGAAGCUAUGUUGGCUUCUACUUCAUACAAAACGGGGGAGGGAGAAGGUCAGAGUUACCAGAUACAGAAAGAUAAACUGAGUAAUAAUAGAAAUGUUACUUUCAAAUUUGCAAGAGGGCCUGAUAAAGAUCGAGGAGUGAAAAAUCAAAAACUAUUUAAAAAAUGUGUUUGACAUUCCCCCUUUAAUUCUGAAAUUGCUGUGUCAAUUGAAAGGUGUCUUUUAUAGGACUGUCAAGCCCCUUAGAAAUAAGGCUACAUUUAUUUAUUUAUUUAUUUAUUUUACUAAGGAUGCCCUGAUCCCCUUUUUAGCCUGUGUGAUAUAAACCCACCUUAAUGGUUAUCAGUAUUAAAUGUGAAAUUAUUUUGUAAACAUUUAAAAUGUUAGCCUUAAUGAAGAUGGAAGUUAAAAUGGAAUACACAUACAAAAUUUUUAAAAAGUCAAAUAUAUUGGAAUUGGAAAGCACUAUUGCCUAUAAUUUCUUUAUUGUAGGGCUCCCUAUUUAUUGUGAAACCUGUACUGUAUUUAUCAUAGAAAAUACCCAUGUCAAUAUAUCACAGUGUUCCAUAUUUCCCAAUGUCUAACUUACUAUUUGGGUUAUGUGAGGGCUUUGAAAAUGGAUUACUGUGAUCUUUAAGUUCAUGCUUUUCCUCCCCCAAUUUUUGUAAUAUAGUUUUUUAAAAAUAUUUCUUUGUGCCUUCUACCACUGUGUAUUUCUGCAUGUUUAGUAAUAGAGCUCAUUCGUGUAGCUAAUGCAUAUGUACAUAACUGUAUGUAUGUGUGUUUGAAUGUAUUCAUAUCUAGCUCUGUGUAAUAUAUUAUGUACAGUGUAUAUAAAGCGUGUUUGUAUAUGUACAUAUAUGUAGCCAUGUAUUCAUACAUUUUUAUAUGUUAAAAGAAAGUUUAUGAUUGGGUUGCUAGUCAGGGCCUUCCUAAUUUUAGUUUCUUGGUCCAGACUUGCCCCUGCCAUAAGCAGGAUCAUCUCCUUAACUUCAGUAGAGUUCUACCUGUUUCUAAACCAAGGCUGAAUUUGACACUUUGUCCUCAGCGCUUUUUAAAAAAAUCUGUCAUUUGAGGUUUUCACGUUAUUUUCUCAGCCUUUUCUGAUGGCUGGUAGGAGCCAUCCAACUGAAAGUUAGUAGAAUCUACAAUUCCCAAGGGAAAACAUAAAAUAAAAAUAGUAAAUAUUCCCCUAUAUUCUUGAUAGACACAGAGGGGCUUUUUCUAGCCCUCUGAGAGAGGUCUAUUUGUAAAGUUUUAAAGUGAUUUCUUUAAGUCUCCAUUAGUGGCUAAUUAGAAGAAAGGCUGCCAUAUAUCUUUGAACUGUACCCCACAGAAUAAAGUAAAAGACAGAAUGCAAUGCAUGGUGCAAUAAAUGUCAUUUCUAAAAUCUUCAACGAGACCAUAACAGUCAUGUCAUACAGUUUAAGGCCAGAAGAGAUCACCAGAUCAUCUAGUCUGACCUCCACAGGCCAACAACAUCACCCAGCACCCGUACACUAAAUCUAACAACCGAAAUUAGACCAAAGUAUUACAGCCCACAGAAAACUAAACUAUUGUGUACCAUAGGCAAAGAAUAGGAGGGAGUAAGGUGCACAAGUGCCUGAGGCCCCUGCAGUGGCAGAGAAAUGAUUUAGUGAGAUAUAGCCAGAUAAUCCUGGCAAGCGAUGUGCAUCUGCAUGCCACAGAAGGAGGCAAAGGAACCCAGAGGUCACUGCCAGUCUGUCCUGGGGGGAAAUUCCUUCCUGAUCCCACAUAUGGCAAUCAAUUAGGCCCCGAGCACCUGAGACAGAUCAGUGCCUCCUCAGAGCCCUGACCCACCCUGCCCAAUGUCCAUCUCCAGCCAUGGGCAUCCCAGAUGCUUCAGAGGAAAGACAUUAAAAAAGCCACCCAGAAUACAUUGUGGGAGGGAAUCCCCUCCUGGUCUCUGCAGGUGGGUAACUGAAAUCCUGAAGCAUGAGAUUUUAGAAACAUGAGACAUAAACUGGAAAUGAGCUCCAGGGCUACUGAGUCCUGCUUCCUACCAUCAGAAGCAACCCUGAACCUUGCACUCAACAAUUUGUCCAGUUCUCUCUUAAAACCAAUUCAGUUGUUUGCCCCCCAACUCAUAUUGGAAGGAUGUUCCAGAGCCUCACCCCACUGAUGGUUAGAAACUUUCUUCUAAUUUCUAGCCCGAAUUUGUUCAGGGCCAGUUUAUAUCAAUUUUUUCUAGUGCCAACAUUGUUCAUGAGCUUAAAUAGGUCUUCACCGCCCGCUCCCCUGCCAGUAUUAACUGCCUUAAUGUAUUUAUGGGAAGUAAUCAUAUCCCCUCUCAACAUUAUUUUUGCCAGACUAAACAGGCCAUGCUUUUCCAGUGUUUUCUCAUAAGAGAGGCCCUCCAUUCCUCUGAUCAUCCUAGUAGCUCUUCUCUGUACCAGUUUGAAAUUAUAAUUAAUCAUUUUUUAACUGGGUGACCAGAAUUGUACACAAUAUUCCAAAGGAGACCUUAUCAGUGCCUUGUACAAUAGCAUAAAUACAUCUCUAUUUCUACUGGAAAUGCUUCGCCUGAUACAUCCUAGGAUUGCAUUUGCCUUUUGCACAGCAAUAUCACAUUGGUGGCUCAUAGUCAUCCUGUGAUCAGCCCACACACUCAUGUCUUACACUUCCUCUGUCGCUUACAACUGUUGAGCUCUUAGCUUGUUGCAGAAAUUCUUAUCAUUAGUCAUCCCUAAGUACAUGACAUUGCAUUUUGUAUUAUUGAAUUUCAUCCCAUUUCUGUCACUCCAGUCCUCCAGGUCAUCUGGAUCUUCCUGUACAAUAUUCCGAUCCUCCUCUGCAUUGACAAUGCCUCCCAUCUUUGGGGUGUAAAAUGUCAAUUUUUUUAAUAAUCAGUAUGCUAAAUUAUCCGAUUAUAUGGAAAUUUAAAUUAGAGUAAGCCCCCGAAUUAGACUACAUUCCUCUACACUGUAUUCCUUGUUUCUAUUGCAGAAGGGCUGAGAGGAGUGUGCUGAAACAGUCCCCUCACAUGCUCUAUUUCUAUAAAAACAGAGAUCAGUGGAAACCAGACUGAAAAAAUGAUCAGUCAGAGAUAGGUAAGAGAACAAAAUUGUCCAUAUGAGAUUCAGUUUUUAAUGUUUUCUUCAAUAGUUUAAAAAAUAAAACAACUUCAGUUAGCUAUGCAAGUAACAUCCAGUUAUGGAAAUUAAAUGCUCAGAAAAGUGAACUAUUAUUACUGAUAAAGACAUGAGAGGCACUGAACUCUAUCACAAAGAAUUUCUGAAAUUCAUUUUGUUCUGAGGUUAAUGUAAUUAUUUUUGCACAAGACUUUUUAUGUAAAUCCAAGUUAGCUGAAAGGAAAAUUAACAAGAUCUAAAGACCUUUCAGUAACUUAAGUGGUUAAAAUAUUCUCCCUUAGAAUAAAUUUGUACAUAUCCUGGGCCCAAAUCUUUGAGCACAACUCCCAUUGCCAUCUGAAGUCAAGGGGAACGCCUCACAUGCGUAAGCUUUUGCGGGAUCAGGGCCUUGGAUGUAAAGUCUUUGCUGUGAAGAAUACUAAGAAUGUGUUCCUUUUUGCCAUACUGUUUAAUAAACAUAUGUAGACUUUGUUUCAGAUAUUGACUUUGUUAAACAUCCAUCUUUUUAACAUCUCAAGCCCAAUUUUUGAGGCCUUCUGCAUGUAAAAUGCCCAUUUAAAUCAAUGGGAGAAUUUCUUGCCUAAGUUGGCCCUUCCUUUGGUGUCAUGACAAUCAUGUUUGAAUAUUCUUGCUUUUCUGUUGCAAAAAGAAUGGCAACCUUAAUGUCUUUAAAUGCUUUUUUAUUUCAAUAAAAUAUUUUAAGAUUAAGAAAUAGAUUGGGGUGUUGAUCAGCAUUGCAGCCAUUUCAAAGAAUAAUAAUUAAACUGUGAAUUCAAAAAAUAAUGCCCAUAUUCUAAGGCUGAAGGGUUAUGGAACUCACAAGUUUGAAUUUUUUCUCGUUUGAAAGACAAAAUGUGCUUAAAUAUAAAUGUAAAUGAAAUAUGUUAUGUACUAUCUUGCAGGAACUACAAGAUGUGAAAUCAGCUUCCUGUAGUGUUCAGAGACAGCCAAAUUCUGUGAAGCGCUGAGCAGCUUCAAUUCCCAUUGCAGGUGCUCUGCACCUCUCAGUAAUUGGCUCAUUGCACAUAAAAAUCUGUUCCUAGAAACAUCUAUUACUGCUAAGCAAGUACAGAUCCAUUUAAAGAGUUUGUUUUACAAUGUAGAUUUUAAAAAGGGGAAAUAAUAUUUUUCAAGUUAGAGGUGGGGCUAUGCUUUAGAAAAGUAUGUUAUUUAUAGAGCAUAUUUGGUUUUUUAUCAUCCACGAAAUUAAGUUCAAGGUCUGGAAUUUUUUCCUAUAAUCCAUCUGUUCUUUAAAAUAUAUUGUAAGCCAGUGUUCAAACACUUUUAUAACUGAAAAAUUGCACAUUUUUCAUUUUAUAAUUGUAUGUAUUUGGUAUACCUAUGAGCUAUGAGCUCUUACAAAAAUACCCCAUCUGUUACAAAAGGAUAGUUCCUUGGGAUAUUUUUUGUAACCCUCUCUUCUUCAUUGUUUAGAAGACUGUUGUUUAUGCCAUUACAUUAAUUUCAGGUUUAAAACCUGUUAAAGCUGUUGCUUUCCCACAGCUUCUUUGUGAAAUUAGCUUUGUAUAUGUGAUGGCAUUUAAAAAUAAUAGCAUGAGUUUUUUAAUCUGAAUUUUAUAUCUAAUAAGUGUCUUCAGUCAUGAAGAGAAAUUUGCAUUGUUGUGUUUGUAUAUAGAGUAUUGCAGUGCAUGAAUUAGCUUAUGCAUUUUAUUAAAUGCUGUUUAAAUGUGGCAUUAUAUUGUUGUGGCUUAAUACUACUACCGAAAUGAGGUUUAUACUAUUAAAGUGAAUUACAAACC